CGUCCACAUUGUGUACUACCUUCCGACCGACCGAAAGCGGAGAACACUGUGUCGGGUUAACCCGCCCACCAUUCACCCCGCUGCUCGCCCGGCCCAUCCGGCUGCCCCCGAGAGUAUCGCCCAUCCUCUAUUGUCCGGCCUCAGGCUCAGCCUGGACCACUGCCUAACCGGUGGCGGAGCUCCGGCCCAAUUUCACCAUUGUGAACCUGUGAGUGGACUGGAAAUCCGAUCCUCUUCGGAUGAACCAGUCCAUCUCAAACCCAUGGACGGCUGGUUGUAUCCGGGUCAUACUUCGAUACCUGUCGGCCUCGGGGAUUGAGUGAGUGUCCUCGUCCUCGUCCUCGUCCUCGUCAUACUCCACAUAAGUAUCUGUUAUCCGGUCCAAUUGGUUGAAGGCGUUUCAUUCGCCGGAUCACGGAUUACUCACUCUCAACACGACCAACGACCCACCCGCUGGCUUGGUAUUAUUAUAGAAAGCUCAUUCUGAUCAGACUUAUUUCAUGUUGAUCCUUGUUUGAACCGUUCCAAAUUCCGCCUCGUUUUCGAUACGUGAUCCUUAAUAAAUCGUGGGUGGGUGCUCCCAGAACAACUCGGACUAAUCGCUCGAUCUUUUGCCCUUAACCCAGGAUCUCCGUUUCCAGAUGCCUUCCUAGGUCCAGGGGGUCAGUCAGUCAUUGGAUGAGUAUCGGCCAGGAUUAACGAGUAGCUUCUAGCUAGGCCCGGGAUUGAUUGGCGGGUGUGAGGUUGUGUUGAUUGGCCGCCACCGUCCCGCCCUCAAGAUGUCGGUGCGGUUCAAGUUCAAAAAUGACUUGGAGCACACGGCUUUGCCUUGUGAUGGGUUUCAUAUCUCGGUCUUGGACUUGAAGCGAGCCAUUGUGCGGCUCAAGCGGCUCGGUCGGGUCACGGACUUUGACCUCGAGGUCAUCAACCAACAGGACAACAAGCCCUUUGAGUCCGAAGAUCAGUUGAUUGCCAAGAAUUCCACCUUGAUCAUCGUGCGCCGACCUUUGCCCGCGGGUCACCAGAAGGUGUGGGAGGAGGAGAAGUUGGCCCCGCAGAUGAAUCUCAGUGGGGGCGGGACCGGCUCCACCUUGAGCUUCUCGCACAGUGCGGGCGAUGAUCGCUCGGAGGACGACAAAUUAAGUGCAAUGAUGUCCAAUUCGACGGAGAUGUACGAUCAGAAGAACUGGCUGAAAUUGCGCGGGCGGGCCAACUAUCCGAGCAAGUUCCCGCCCGCCACUUAUCGGUGCAUCAAGUGCAAUUUGCCCGGUCAUUGGGUCAGUGAGUGUCCCAAUACCAAGACCGGCUUCUUGGGGAGUGAGUUGAAGCGGACCACGGGGAUUCCUCGGAGUUUCCUCAAGCCCGCCCUCAAAGACACGCCCGGCGCUAAAAUCAACCCGCAAGGUUUGUUCAUGGUCAACGAACUUGAGGAGCGAGCUUAUGUGGAGAAGAAAAUCGACAAACCCAUGUGGGAGAACGAAGACUCGAACCAAACCGAGACGCCCAAGGUCAAGAUCCCCGAAGAUCUUCUCUGUCCGGUUUGUAAGGAUCUUCUGCGGGACUGUAUUAUGAUGCCCGAGUGCGCUUGCGAGAUGUGCGACGAGUGUGCAAGGAACGCCCUCAUCGAAUCCGAGGAAAACACGUGUCCUGUGUGUGGAAAGUCCAAGAACUCGCCCGAUGAACUCAUCCCGUGGCGAGGGAAACGGGACAAAGUGAACAAGUUCAAAAACUCCAUGGGAGCGGCAUCGAACUUGUUGCAGCGAAAUGUGCACGAAUCGUCGCAGAAACCCACGCUCCCGGACAUCAAAUUGCCGGGCCAAAACGAUUUCGACACCGUCGCAGGCUUGAAGCCAUCCCCAGUGUACGGCAUGUCUCCAGGUAUGUCCUCCACGGGAGCGUCGCCUCAGAUUGACCCCAUGGAGUCAGAAGGGCCUGUUCCUGGAUUCGACCCCGAGACCAAAUCUCCGGGGACUCCACUUGAAACUGAACGUACCUCCCCCAGUCAGACCCCGAACAUCACAAACGCGAUUUCCUCGGAAAACGUUGCCAUUGAAGGCACACCUGCUAGCACAAGCCCCUCUGCUCAAGAUCCCGUGGGACGAUCGGCAUCCCGAUCUCCUCGAAGACGCCGAAGUCCCUCUCAAACCCCUGUGGAGGAGCAACCCAAAUCCAGGGCUGUACCUCUCCCGGAUACAUCCCUCCCGCCACCUGGAUUUGAGUUGCCUUCGUCAACAGCCGUACCUGCUUUAUAUCCAGUUCAAGGCGCCCAUUAUUCAUCAGCUCCGGGUUACCAUGGGCAGUCUCAAUACCCUUAUCCAUCACGACACGGCCAUGGUAUGCACCAUCGUGGUAGAGGUGGGGGUCGCAUUGAGAAAGAAAAUGGGUACAUCGUCGACCCUUUGGCUGCUUUCGAAGCCAUCAUGGAGCGAAAAGAUCGACAAAAAGGGCGGCUUCGCAACUCCCCCCGCUCAUAUUCGCCUCCUGGGCGAUACGGAGGUUCUGCACGCUCCUCUCACCGUUAUCCCCGUCGACCUCCAUCGCCUCCUGCCCAUUAUCGACGUCCUCAUUCCCCGGGAUAUGGAUCCAGGCCGAGGUCUCCCUACAACGGGAGGAGUCCACCCCGUUCCAGAUCCCCUGGCAGGAGGUCACCCUUGGCUCCACGGAGUCCUCAUCGGGAAUUGCUGAAGCGAUCCCCGCGCGGGCCUCGAACUCCGCCCCCUCUAAUGAAUCCAAGCAACACGCCACCAGCACCAGGCACUCGAAGUCCCAGAUCACCGAGUAUGGGGGCUGUGCCAGAUGGUCCAAGAACCCCACCCCCACCACACCCAACACACCGACUUCCAUCUCGCGAUCGGCAGUUCAGCCCUGAGCGCCGAGCUUCACGGGAACCUCUACGACCACCGUCUCCACAUGAUCGAACCCGAUCUCCUCGAGGUGUCGAUUCAUACAAACGGACCUAUGAUCCCCGGGAUCGGAGGCAUCCCCGCCAUAGAGAACGUCAUAAUGAUCCCAAAGCUGCUCCACGUCACCGCUCACCGCUUGAGCGUGGGGAGCCCAAACGAGGUGGACGAGACCAUGACGAACCUCGUCAUGCAUCAUCCCGCCCUCGACGGUCCCAGAGCCAUGAUAACCGAACUCCAAGUCUCAGUCCUGAGCCAGAGCACGAUUUGGGAUAUCGACAACAUAUACCAGAGCAUUUGAGAGAGGAUCGCCGAUAUGAGCACUCCUCUUCACAUCGGCGACAGGAGCGCCCAAGAGACGAACGGUUCAGAGAUGAAAGGGGCGGACGAAGACAUCAUUUCCCGGAUGACAGAGACCUUCGUGAUUUUUCCCGGGCCAGAGUGGACAUGUUGGAAGUAGAUCGCCGAUUUGAAGCAGAUCGACAUAGAUCAGCGCGAAUGCCGGAGCCUCUCAGAUCCCAUGAACGCGACGAUCGGGAGCGCCGUUACGAAGAACAGAUUCGUGAGAACAGUCGAGAUCGUCGAGAUCAUUCGAAGAUGCCGGGAAGAUCCGACUAUCCGUCUGCGGAGCGAGUUCCCCUGGCCGAACGUGAGCAUUUCCGUCAUGUGGAUGAGCCUGUUCCGCCGUCUGAAGUCGCCAAGGAGGAAUCCGAAGAUGGAGACAAAAAGAGAAAAGACAGAAAGAAGAGGAAGCGGAAAGGAGAUUCUGGAGAAGAGACCGAUUUGGAGAACUUGUCGAAGAAGAAAAAAAAGAAGACCAAAAGGGUCAAAUCCAAGUCCAAAGAAGACAGCGACUCUAACAAGAUGGAAGACAGUCAACCAGGGGCAAGAGGAGAUCAAGACCUGCAUACAAUCUCACCCAAACCAAUCGAGCCCCGAGACAAGCUCGACAAGCUCGACAAGCUCGACAAGCUCGACAAGCUCGAAAAGAGCGGCUUCAAUGACGAUCAGCAAUUGCCCCCCGAAAAGGAAACCAUGUCGUCGGUAAUGAGCUCCAAAGUUGAAGAAGCCCUGUCCGAUCCCAUAAGCGAGGGUGAGCUCGAAGACAAGAAAGAGGACCCAAAAUCGAAAUGGGAUUUGAUUCACACCGAUGAUGACGAUGGUAAAGAGGACGCCAAUAGUGACUUGCGAGCCAUGCUGAAAACCAGGCCCCAAAAUGAUGACAAGGAACCACCCUCGGGUCCCACCAACGAGGACGAGGAGGAUGAAGACGGCGAGGAUGCCAUGACCGGGGACAAAUCCGAUGAGGACAAGUCGUCCAAAAAGAAGAAGAAAAAGAAGAAAACAAAAAAGAAAUCCAAAGGCCACCAUUCCGGAUCGGAUUCGGACGAUGGCAACAAAAAGAAGAAGAAGAAAAAGAAGGAGAAGAAAUACGCCGAACUCAAGAAGGAGUUGAUGCUUCUCCGGCAAAAAAUCGGGGAGACUCACUCCGAUCGAUCCCCAUCACCCCCGGCCAUUCACGACUACGACAACAUCAAGGUGACCAUUGCUCGGUCUCCGAGUCGAGGUCAAGGUCGACGAGAAGCAGGCCGAGAUCGUCCCCAAAGGUCCUUAUCGCCUGUGAUAGCAAGCAAGCUCAUGGAGUUGAGCGGCACCAAGAUCUUGGACGAACCACCUCGGCGGAAGUCCGUCAAAGAUCGAUUGGGACCGAUCCCGGCCAAGAAGCCUGACCCGAGUUCCUCUCGAAGUAGUCGAGCAGUUCCAGAAGGGAGUGCUUCAAGAAAAACUCGAUCUCCUGAGCGAUGGGACACGACUCGACACCGAGCCAGCUCCAAGGAUCGGGAAGAUAACAGUGGGCGGAAAGGUCGUGAGGAACCUUCUUUAGCUCGACCUCAUAAGCGUCUCUCCAAUGACGUGAACAGCUCGCGAUCUCGUCGAGAAACGGAUAAAAGUAGCUCCAAGGGUGGCAAAACAGCAUCGCCGCCGCGACGAAGAGAAUCGCCCAAAAGCACCAACCGCAGUAGUUCGAAAAGCGCGAGGAACAACGUUGGAAAAUCUCGCCAAUCUCCUGAUCGUCAACGAGAUGAGCCCAAAUCCAUUUCAAAGUCGCGCGACAAACGCAGAGACCCGAAAGUAGAGGAGCCCAAAUCCUCAUACAGGGAGCGAGAAUCAGCGAGAAAAGAGCCCGAUGGCAAUGGCCAUCCUUCAUCUUCUCCUCCACGAGAGAGCCGGAAAAAUGCACGGUUGGAGCGUACUCGGUCUCGAUUUGAGGAUGAGGCCAGCUUCGAGCCCGAUUACGAGGGUGAUUCCGAAUAAUUUGAACGAGAAUCUAACCGAUUAGCUCCCGCUUUCGACUGUCGACAAGGCACUUCUCACUUCUCAUUCAAUAUAUUUUGUGAUACUUAUUGUUUAAAUUCCAUUUGCCCACAGCCUUUUCGCGAUGAAUUAGUGAAAUACAAUGCCAUUGGCUAAUGAUAA